UACGGUCAACGCGCACACUUCCAGUAAGAUCAGACUGUCUGUGAACUUUAUAAAGGUGCUCCUGCUCUUUUAGAGAAGAACCAUGAGCGCUUCGUCCUGUGUGUCCGGGCUCGUAUUGUUUUAUAUCUUCUGCGUCACAGCAGAGAAGGUCCCGGCCCCUGAGAAUGUGAGAAGGAUAUCUGUGAACAUGGGACUAGUUUUGGAAUGGGAUCCACCACAGAACAGCACGAAUACUCUCUUCAACUACACUGCUGAGAUUCAAGGAUGGAAUAAUUAUGAGCCAGUGUGUCUAGGCAGCUUGGCACUAAGCUGUGAUUUCACUGACAAAGUUUCCAUUUUUGGAUCCUACCAUCUUCGUGUUCGGGCAGAGCUACAUGGAGAAACUUCUGACUGGGUGGAAACUGAAAAUUUAUCAUUGGAUAAAAUAACUGAGAUAAGCGCUCCUCAUGUAGAACUGAGAAGCAGAAAAGGACAAACAGAAGUUGAGAUCACUGAUCCUCCUAUGAAAAAGAAGAAUUUGAGGGAUGUCUUUGGAAAUAUUUCCUACCUCAUUCGUUUCUGGAAAGUUGGAGAAACAAAAAAGGAAAAACUAAUAAGAGAGCAGAACAGAGUUGUGUUACCAAAACUGGAGCCUCUUGUAGACUACUGCGUCGAAGUAGAGAUUUUGUAUUUGGAGAAUAAAAGUCUGACCAGCAACAUCACCUGUUUAACCAACACCCCCAGCAAUGAAGUAGAGUCUUGGCUUAUCGCAGUUGUGCUCCUGGGCAGUUUUCUGGUAGUGUUAUUUGCCGUUGUCCUGAUCUUUCUGGCUGUGUGGUUUGGCUACAGAGGAUGCAGAAUUAUUUUCCCUGAUACUGACCUGCCAGAGGACCUAAAAAAAUUUUUGUCUCAACGGUCCCAGUCUUCAGUACUUUGGGCCAUGCAGGAGAGCAUGCCAGCGAAGGAGCACUGUUGUGAGCUGAGGAUAUUGCACAAGGAGCCAAUCAGUUCUCCGGACAAUCAGCAGAUAGAAGGACCAAUCAGGAUCCAGCCCAAUAAGAACGAGUGUUGUACAGGAGCUAAUGUAAAACAGAGCAGUGAGGAGCAAUCUCAAAUGAUCAUCACAACAGAACAGGAGCCCUUGCUUGCUGAAAUGAGACCGUAGUAAUCAAUGAUUAUUGAUCAUUUCUUUUGCCAACCUAAACAACUCUGUGAAAACAGAUCAACAAAAAGGACUGACAAUGUUUUUAUUUAAAUUUAUUCAAUCUUUAUUUUGAUGAACUGAUAUUGAUUCUUAAAUCCCAAGAAUCUCUCUCUCUCUCUCUCUCUCUCUAUAUAUAUAUAUAUAUAUAAAUGUGUG